CACCGAGGCAAGCAGGCAGGCAGGCCUGGUGUCGAGUCGAUCAGAGAGCAUAUAUGGUCAUGUUACCUGAUUAAAGGAGUGAUAUCACGGAACUUAAGAAUAGAUACCCCUUCGUGCCUGCUGGCAUUGCUUCAAUUGACUCAAGAUAAGACCUUGUAUGUACUCUUGCUACAGUCUAUCGAACCCAACCUCGUCGCAUUUAUUGCUAGCAGGCUGCUUCAUUCACGGUGAUGCAGCGCAGUCGACAUGAAGAUUGUGGGGGUAGAUUAUUGUAAAACUGCCUUUACUGCCUUCACUGCCUUCACUGCCUUCACACUCGUCUUACGCCGGAACAUGUGCUUGGUUCAACUGCCUUCACAUAGUGCCCUAGCUCAAAGCUUGCUGGUGGUAGCGACUACAUCAUCUUUUUCUAGUAGUUUUUCGCUAUCGACUUCCAACUCCAGCUAUGGGAUGAAGACGAUUCUAGUGUAUGGGUGCACAAUAUGGGGGCGUUACGUUACAUCCAUCUCUUUAGUGAUUAUAUGUCGACAGGGGAAAUUGUCCCAAGAGAGGGGUAGUGUGGGGGAUAGCUCAAUACCAUAUUGGAGAAUCGGUGAAGUAAGUACCUAGGUAGGUAGGCAGGUAGGUAUAUAAGGGAUAUUUUCACGAUCUUCAAUUUGUAGGCAUACCGUCGAUUAUUUCUGUCCGUU